GUGGCAGCCCUGAGAGAGGCCAUCUGCCACCCUGCACAGCUCCCUCGCAGGCCGUGAGACUCCAGCCACUUUGUCAUGCGGUUUCUAGUCCUCUCCAGCCUCAUCUGCAUCUUGCUGUUCUGUGUCUCCAUCUUCUCCGGGGAAGGGAAAAGGCUUCGGAUCAAGAUACGGAAACCCAGGCCCUGCUGCCGCCAAGCUCCUGGCUUUAACCUAAAAGGGAACCACACCAGGCUAUGCCGACCAUGCAGGCCCAAGCCAACACCACAUCCUUGGGUGGUGCCUGGGGCUCUCCCACUGAUGUAGCGCCGCUCACCAGCUCCGUAUUGCUGAGACCCUCCUGCCCAGGCUGCGACACUGACACUGGAAGCCUAAGCUUGCCUCUCUCUACCUGAGCAGCAGUGAGCAGGGAUCGUGGAGGGCUGCAUCUCAGGAACAAGAGCACUGAGUGCAGAACCCCUCCAGGUCCUGGUCCACACAAGCCGGGCUCAGCAGAGUGGCUCCAGGACCUAUUAGUGUGGCAGUCGAGGAAUCCAUGAUGACCCUAGCAUCUACAGAUCCAGACACGCCCAAGUCCCCUGGAGACUGAGGCAUCAGGACCCAGGGCAGUCAGCCAGGACUGCAGUCUCAGCAUUCCUCAGAUGCACCCAGCCUUUUGGCAACCAUAGCCCCCAAAAAACCCCCCAGCCAGCUUCCUGACCUGUGUCAGCUGGAAAGAAGCCCCAAGCAAACUCAUAAUAAACACAAGCAAAAUA